CAACCCAUUGCCAGCCCUACUCUCGACUCUCGAGUCUCUCUUUUUCUCUCACUAAAACUGUAAACACUUGAACAGCAAAGGCCAAACUCCAUCAGAAGCACCCGCGACGGCGGCGACCACUAACCUCAGCCACCUCAGGCUAUCCUCCGUCGAUUUCAGUGGGCCCGACGAUCUACCACCGCACCGGAAUUCCUGCCGCCCCCACCCAAUUCCGCAGAAUUGCGCAUCAGUUAGUUUGCAAUGUCAAAUUCUCCCCCUUUUAAUUUACUUGAAGAAGAAGAAGAGGAAAACAAGGACAAGUUCAGCAACUUACCAGAUGAUAUUCUUGUCUUCAUCCUAUCCCUCAUUGACAUAAAAGAUGCAACAAGAAGUAGCAUCCUUUCAAGAAGAUGGAGAAAUAUGGCGACUUAUAUCAUGAGUUUGCACUUUUGUGUUUCACUUUCAGAUACAAGGCUUUCGAAAUAUUGGUGUGAGCAAGAUAACGAGAAACAACGGUACAUGGAUUGGGUGAAUCAGGGUGAUGACAAAGAUCUUAACAUUCCUUCCUUUCCUAAUGUCAAACACUUGGAGCUGCGAGCCGUCUUUACUUUCCAUGGAAACCUUCUACCAUUGAUGGGCUUUGCAGAGGCCUGUCUUUUGUUGCAUGAUUUAAAGCUGGAGAUAUACUGGAUUAGUAGCAGCUGCUUAAACGUGGCAUCCGAUUCUGAAAGCGGUUCAGAGUAUGAAUCAGAUUUAGUUCGGAGGACACAUCAGAUGCAGAGUCAGAAACAGAAUCAGAUUCAGAGUCUGACUUAGGUUCAGAGUUGAAGAUCGAAUCAAAUUUGGAGUCUGAAUUAGGUUCGGAGUUGGAGAACAAUAUGGGUUUAGAUUAUGUGAAACAUUGGCUGGAGACACGAGAGGGUACUAAGGCGACCCUUGCUAACUUACGCAAACUGGAAUGGUCUGGAGCUUUUAGUGCUCAUGAAGAACAGGAAUUUUCACUAGCGUUGUACUGUAUGAACAACGCCAUCAGCCUACAAAAAUUCAUCUGUGAUCCACGUGGAGAUCUACUGUCUAAGUUUGCAGAGCUCGAUGAGAAUCGUGAGAUAGAUAAAAUUGUAGAAGGUGGUAGACAGCGUGCAAGGAAACUAGCUAUGGUUGUUCCAAGCCAUAUUGAAUUUGUAAUUCUAUGAAUAAUGAUGUUCAUUUGAAACAUUUGGGAGGAUUAAAGUAAUACGGAGUACUCCUAUAUUUAUAAGAUAGAUUAUCUAAAGGUAACAAAUUGGCCAUUGCGUCAAGUUGUGUUUUUACUUAGCUUUUAUAGUGUUAGUUUAAAGUUACGCUCAUGAUGUUUUUUGAACAACUUUAAUACGGAGUACUAAGUACUUUGUACUUUCUUCA